ACGUCAUACUCUUGAAUUCAUCAUCUAGCGAGUAGUUGUUAAGUACAUAUUUUAAAGCAUUUUCUGUAUGAAUGUACAGUGCAAUAGGCAACUAGAUACACAUAGAUACAUCAACAUACACAAAACUUACAUAAAAUGCAACAUUCUUAUAACAUCUAAAGAUAUACCUUUUACACUCCAUUUCCAAACGCUCGCCUUCAAAAAACUCAUACAAAACAACAGAUCUUUUGUGAAUUUAAACAUAAGAGAUAUUAUAUCAUUUUCACGAAAAUCGAAAAUAAGUUUUAAAAAAAAUCCACAAAGGAUAAGAGUGAUUUUUUAUUUGUGCCAGUGUGUUUGUGUGGGUCUCUUUUUCACGUCAGUCCCUAAAAAAGUAUAAAAUUAACAAAUAAAGUUUUGCCAAAAGCAUCGCUGAUUAAGGAAACAGAUUCAUCAACAUUCAGUAAGGAUGGGCGAUAGCCGAAGGAAUACUGCAACAGAAUUCAGUUACAUCCUUCAGAGACAGGGAAGCGAUGAAUCAGCUGCUGAGGCGCACGCCUUUGAUGACAUCAAAAAUUUAAUGAAGGAGGAACAACACAAAGAAUCAGAUAGUCUGUCAUCUUUGCCACAAGCAUCAUUCAAUUACAUCAACUCCAUCGUUGGCAGUGGUGUUAUCGGUAUACCAUAUGCCUUUCAUAGAGCUGGAUUCGGCCUAGGGCUGUUGCUACUUAUCCUUGUAGCCUGCAUAACUGACUACUCGUUGAUCCUUAUGGUUAGAUGUGGCCACAUUUGCGGGCGAUUUAGCUAUCCUGGAAUAAUGGAAGCAGCCUAUGGAAAAUACGGAUACUAUUUGCUGUCUUUACUGCAGUUUAUGUAUCCUUUUCUAGCUAUGAUAUCCUAUAACGUUGUGGUUGGUGAUACCCUUUCAAAAGUUUUAGUACGUGUUUUCCCUUCCUGGGGUGCAUCCAUGGGUGCAGUUCGACUUGGAGUCGUGUUUUUUGUCACAGUCGGAGUCGUUGUACCACUCUGCCUCUAUAGGAAUGUCUCACGGUUAGCACGGGCGAGUUUCAUCAGUCUGGCGUGUGUGGUUUUCAUAUUGUUGGCUGUAAUAAUAAAACUUAUGUCGGGUGAAUAUAAAGUAACGGAUACAGCGGAUUCCUGGAGAUUUGCAAAUGUUGAUGUUAUACCUGCCACAGGAAUUAUGGCUUUUGCAUUUAUGUGUCAUCACAAUACAUUCCUUGUCUACCAAUCGAUGAGGAAUGCCUCAUUGGAGCGAUGGGAAAAAGUGACGCACAUUUCUAUUGGAUUUGCAUGGACAGUGGCGGCCUUAUUUGGAAUAGCAGGAUACUCAACAUUCCGUGCGUUGUCGCAAGGAGACCUGCUAGAGAACUACUGCUGGAAUGAUGACUUAAUGAAUUUCUCGAGAAUAUUGUUCUCUAUAUCUAUUUUAUUAACAUUUCCUAUUGAGUGCUUUGUUUCGAGAGAGAUUGUAAAAACCAUCGUGCACAAGUUCAUUUUGAAAGAGAACGUAGAAGCACCACAUGAUCAGGACCCAAGCCUCGAGAAAGGGACUGAAACUGAUGAAUACUCCACUAUGAUAACUCUGGCCAUUGUAUUUACAGCUUUUGUAAUAUCACCUUUGACCGAUUGCUUAGGAUCAGUAUUGGAGCUAAAUGGUCUGCUGGCAGCCAUUCCAUUGGCAUACAUUCUACCAGGCCUGGCAUACAUCCAAAUGGAGCCCCAUUCACUCUUCAGUCGAGAAAAGCUUCCUGCUGUUGGCCUGGUGGUUUUUGGAGCAAUUGUUACCAUUGUUGGAGCUGCCGUUUUGCUGCCUAGUAUUCUUGGAGAUUGUCGUUCGGAUAUUGUGCUUGGAUAUUGUAAACAAGAAUAUGAAUCGGAAAACACGACUACCAUUACAACGACCAAACGUCCAAUCUAAAGCCAAAAAUAUGAUAUUGUAACAAAAAUUUAUUUAAGUAAUAUUGUAUCAGUUAUUAACGAGCAAUGUGUAUGUACUAUACAAAAAAUGCAUUUAAGUCCCACUUAACAAGGGUGUUCAUCUGCAACUUUUAAAAAUAGAGGCAAUUUUGUCUAAAUGCAAUACAAAAGAGUUUAUUUCAGACAAAAAUAGGUAAAAACAAAAAUUUUAAAAAUAUGUUUUUUAUUGAACAGUAAAAUAAGGACACGAUUUUUAUAUAAGAAGGAAACCUACGAAAAUAAAUACCGGAAACAAAAUUUCCUGAGCAAAUUUUAGUUGGAGGUAAAUUAAUUGCAUAGUGGGAGCUGUAUGGUAUUGAACCGUGGGCAAUUUAAAUAAAGAGUAUUUUUAUUUAUUGGAAAGUUGAAAAUAAAAUUAUUGAUAUAAAAGUGAAGCUAGAAUAGAAGAAAAGAAAAUAGAUCGUAUACAAAAGACAUGCCUUUCUUUUAAAGAGGUACGAUGGACACCCUUCUGUGUGCAAGCAAGGUGUAGGUAACGUAGUGUUUUAAAGUUGAGAUAGUAGAAUGAAAAGAAAAAUCAACAAGGCACCAAGUUUUGAGAUUCAAUUUUUUAUUUUGUAGAAAAUGCACUGCUUAUAGUUUAUAAUUUUUACUUGAGUAUACAAAAUAGAUUGUAUUUAUACAAAAAACAUUAUUUACAUUGAGGAAAAUAAAUACAUAAGAUAAGAAAAAGAGAGAGAUAGAAAGAGAGAUAUACAGUGCUACCGUUAGGAAAAUUAUAAAUUUAUAUAUAUUUUUUUACAAUAAGCGCACACUCAAGGGCAUAUUACUACGCUUAUUAUGCAGAGAUACAGUGUGAGCCUAAAGAACUGGAGAGGGCUUGAAAAGGAGUUUCCGGUGCACAUUGGUUUUAAUCCCUGAAUAUUGCAAUGACUGGGAAAUUUCACAUUUGCAAAUGCAUACAUUCAUUCUGAUGAGACUCACGAGAACCGGCGAAACUCUCUAUACUGAUUUCGGUCCAAAUUAAUGGGUAUGUUUUUUAGGCGUGUGGUUUCAAUCUGGCAAUACUUUUUUCCGAGAUCUUUUUUUGACAGCUGUUACUUCAUUUAAUCUCAGUGUGGAAAUCAUACUAAAUAGACUUAAUCUUAAACAUCAUUUGCAAACCCUGCAAGUUUAUUACCAAAAUAAUCUUUCGGCUUGAGCGAUCCACACAUAACGCAAGAUCGUGGCCUUCAAGAUCGUGCGCUUCAACAGCGCUGGGAUAUUUUUUGUGAGAUUUUGAGAAGUCGCUUGUCUAUGCAGAUAAAACCGAGACAAAUGACGCCUUUGAAGAGAAUAUUGGGCGCGUUGUUGCUGACAUAUGCGGUAAUGUGGGCAUGCAAUAAACUAUCAAUUAAUUUUCAAGAAAACCACUAUAGCCGUGGAUGUCUCUUUCGAGCUCAAUCUUUUUUCUGAGUUGCUCUUAACGUUUCUGUAUAACCUAAAACACAGAAAGCGUUCAAGUCAGUAUUAAUUUUUCUUUUUUUUUUAUAUGAUAUUCAAUCGCAGAAAACUAAAGAAAUUAUACCGUAUAACUCAAAACUAAAAAACGAUAUGAUUUAGACGGUAGGCACUAAUUGAAAGUUCAAUGAAGAGCAUAAUGUGAUAACUUAAGACCCGCUUGUAAAAUUCAAAUGCAUUGCAUGAAAAGUAGAUUCUCCAUCGCUUCUUUAUAAACAAAAAAAUAACAACAACUACGUCCUCAACAGUGAACUUCUUUUAUUGUAUCUCAGAAACAAACUGAUAUUAUUUUACUUUGCUGAAAAGUAAAAACAACUUUUUAGAUCCUUACAGGAAUUUAAUGUUUUAUACACGCAACAUUUUAACUGCACAAUCCUAUAUUUCUAUAUAAAUAUCUAUAUCUACUUUUUGAAAAUUCUAUAUAUUUAGUAUAAAAUAAUCAAUCACAUGAAACAAGUUGUGUUUUAUACAAAAACAGAUAAAAUAACAAAACAAAAAAUCUUUAUAGUUAAAAAAUAAAUUAGGGAAUUUAAAGCAGUAUGUAAUUAAAAUAUAAAUAUAUUUAGAAAACUAUUUAGGGAAAAAAAGCCACAACUUACUUAAAAUGUUAACUAUUUUUUAUUUUGAUGCUUUGCGAACUUAUGCUACUAUUAUAUUGAUAUACAUACUAAGAUACAAAAUGCUAAAGAAAAACAAAAUAAAUUUAAAUUAAGACUACAAACGAAACAAUGAACCAAUCAAACAAAAAUUAAUAUUAAAUUACACAAAACAAAAAAACAGUGGCAUUUUAUUUUAUACUUAAAGUACAGACAAAAAAAAUUAAAUAUAAUUUUAAACAUUGAAUGUUAAAAAAGGUAGUAAUAAAUUAUUAACACUAUUUACAAUAUCCAUUUAUAUUAGAAACUGUGUGUGAAUUAAAGAUAUAAAACAGACAUAUAUUUUACAUAGUUGUUACCGACGUAUUUAUUUAAAAAACAUUGUUAAGUUUAUAAAGAAAGAUUAAAACCAAAAAUAGCUAAUUAAAGACAACUAUGAAAGUUAAUUAAUUAUACAUACAUAUACUAAAUUACAUAUAUAUAUGAGUACCUGUUUCGUUAUAAACAAUGUAUUUACUGAAUGUUAAAUGUAAAUAAAAAAGUUGAAAUUUUAUAUUUUACAGUUAGAAAGUAAAACAUUGUUAUUCCAUGCGUAUUGUUAUUAAAAACGGUAAUGUCAAAUUCUGAAUUGGUUCAACUACUAAGAACCACCGAAUACCCGUCAAUGCAAAGCACAUUGGAAACCAACUAACCAACAAAUUCGAACUUUAAAUUUAAAUAAUAAAGAUUGCAACUCAUUUACUUGAAUUUUGUUGUUAAGGGUGUCCUAAAAUGUACACAGGAUUGGAAAAAAUUUAAAAGUACAAUGUAUAGGUUUCUGUUUUUUGUUUUGGAUUCAAGUGAUUCAUAAAAUUGGCUUGAUUCAAUCUCCAUGAAUUUGACGAAGUCGAAAUUUUAAACAUAUCCUUAACGAAGUGUCUGUGUUCUGCCCGCCAAAACUUUUACUAUUUUAAAAGUAUUAUUCAGUAGUGACUUCACGUUGUUGCUGACAGGAGCGAUCACCACUUUUUUUACAAAUAAUAAUUUUUACUUUGUAAAUGAUAAUUGGUAUAAAAGGUUAAAAUAUGGGUGUCAUUAAAUCAAACAUUUUUAAAUCGAUGAGUUAUUUCCCUUAGCGUCUAUGUUGUUUUCUAGCCUAUGUACAGUUGCAAGAAUACAAAUUAUAUUUCUUUUGAAAUAUACAUAAGUAUUGAAUAGUUCAUAAAAAAACUGAUUUCCCAACUUCGUUGAUAAAAAUUCUUUCCAAUAUCUGCUAAAAAUUGUUCCUGAAUGUGGCUUUGCAGUAACGAAUCAAUAGAUCAUCUUUUGUUCAGAAAUCAUACAUUUCAAAAUCAAAAAACAUUAUCUUAAAAAAAUCCUGUCUUUCAUGUAAAAUUUUUUUUCGAAAGUAAUUUUUUGAUUUUCUUACAUAAAAUGUCUAAAUUGAAUAACUUAUAUUUCCCUUUUUUUAUAUACUUCAUUUAUGUAGAGGGUUUGAUUUUUCGUUCGGUACCAUUUAUUUAAAUAAUUUUUUCUUUCAAAAGAUUUCCCGUGUCAAAAAGUUUAAAAUAUUUUAAGAAAAUCUUUAUGAUUACAAAUUGUUAGUUAUAGAAAAACUACAUAAAUGUAAAUACUCAAAAUAAGAAAAAAAAAAUUAAACUUUCAUUAAAUAAACAAACAAAAUUAAGCUA